AUGUGUGUUGUCUGCCUGGGGGUUGAGCAUGCACAGGCAGCUCUCGAGGGGGCUGUCUGUGUUCAUUGCGAGAAGCUCACCCUCAGAGUUUUAAGAUCACGCCGGGCACUCUUUCACGAUAAAGAGGGUGCCCCGGUCGGCGUUCCCCGCGGAUCGGGUCCCGCUGUUGCUGAGGCGCAGCGGCGGCUUCAUUCGUGGGGUUCGCAAAUGGAGCUGGCAGAGGGGGUUGAGACGGGCCCAGCCUUAUCUCGCCCUUUACCUGCCAGCCCCAGUGCCUUUUCUCAGGCGGCGGAAGCACGCGCUGCGGUUUCUUCCCCCCAGAGAGAGGCACCCGCGCUUCAUCUCUCUUCCUCUGAGGAGGUUGAUGUGAUGAGCGUGGGGGAAGAGGAACCGCCAUCCUCUUCCCCAGCAUAUGAGGAGCUCCUGGAGGUAGUGACCAGGGCUGUGGCCAAAUUAAAAAUUGACUGGCCAGCAGAGCGGGCAGAUGCUAGACCAAAGAGUAAGCUGGAUGAGCGCUUUCUGCCCGCUCGGUCACUACCUCAGCGUCGGGGUUUGCCCUUCUUUCCGGACCUCCACACCGAGGUCUCGAGGUCUUGGAAGAAGCCGGCAUCAUAUCGCGUCUUCAGCCCCCAGACCUCAAUGUAUAGUAACAUCGUGGGGCUGAAGCAGCAAGGCUAUGCGGCGAUGCCUCGCGUGGAAGAGACGCUUGCGGGCUAUCUCUCCCCCGAGUCUGCAUCGUCGCUGAAAACCCCGACGUUGCCCACCAAGCCAUUAAAAACUACAUCAGGCUUGGUGGGCAAGGCUUAUGCGGCAGCAGGUCAGGCAGCGGCAUGUCUACAUACCAUGUCGCUCCUACAGGCAUAUCAAGCCGACCUGCUGGGGGAAGUGGAGAAUAGCGGGGAGGCCACGUAUGAGUGCAUCCAGGAAAUCAGGAUGGCAACUGACCUGGCUCUCCGUGCCACCAAAGAGACGGCAAAAGAAAUCGGCCGCUCUAUGGCAGCAUUGGUGGCUACGGAGAGGCACUUGUGGCUGAACCUCUCGGACAUAAGGGAGCGUGACAAAGCCUCCCUUAUGGACGCGCCGCUGUCUCCUGCGGGCCUCUUCGGCGACGCCGUUACAACAGUCGUCGAGAGGUUCCAGGAGGCUAAGAAACAAUCUGCGGCGUUCCAGAGGUUCAUCCCCCGCAAACCAAGAAUCCCUCCCCCGAGGCUGAUGAGCGGGAUCAGCCUCGGCCGUCAACGAGCUCCUCAGCGCACCACAGAGCGCAACAAAAGAUCAGCGUGGCCGCCCGUGCUCCCCCGCAGAGAGCUUGGGGAUCGGGUCGGCCCGCUCAGCCGAAGCCUUCUAGGGGCAGAACGGACCUGCGCGCCGUUAUCCUGGCCCGGAAGGCUUCGAAGCGGUCCUGAUGUCUGUGGGUCAGGAACCGAUGAGGGCGGCCCCCUCCGAAGGGAGUCGGCGAAAAAUACAUCUAAAAGCCACUCCCCUUCGGCGCCCUCAGGGGAUUGUUAUGCCAACCCUGCCACCCAGUUAAAUUUUCUGGCAGAAUGGAAACUUCUUCCGAAUAUAUCAAAAUGGGUGCUGCUCACUAUAAAAGAGGGUUACAAGAUCCAGUUCGGGUCUCGCCCGCCCAGAUUCAACGGGGUUCUUCCCACAGUGGUAACCCCCGAGCAGUCUCUGGUUAUGGAACAAGAAGUUGCGACACUUUUGCGAAAAGGAGCUAUAGAAAGGGUUCCUCCUCCCAGCAAUCAGUCAGGGUUCUACAGCCGUUACUUCAUUGUUCCAAAGAAGGAUGGAGGUCUACGACCUAUUAUAGAUUUACGUGUGCUAAAUCGCUCAAUACAAAAGCUCAAGUUCAAGAUGCUGACACUCAAACAGAUUAUACCACAGAUCAGGUCCGAGGACUGGUUUGUGGCAAUAGACCUGAAAGAUGCUUACUUUCAUGUGUCCAUCCAUCCUUCUCACAGGAAGUUCCUCAGGUUUGCUUUCGGGGGCGAAGCUUACCAGUACAGGGUUCUUCCGUUCGGCCUAUCAUUAUCACCCCGCACAUUCACGAAAUGCGUGGACGCAGCUCUGGCUCCGCUGAGGAUCCAGGGCAUUCGCAUACUGAACUAUAUCGACGAUUGGUUGAUUCUAGCUCGGUCAGAGCAACUAGCAGUUCAGCAUCGAGAUGCUGUUCUGUCCCAUAUGAAGAGGCUUGGGCUGAGGCUCAAUGCCAAAAAGAGUGUGCUAGUUCCAGCUCAAUCCACCAACUAUCUGGGUGUAGUGUGGGACUCCACCACGAUGCGGGCACAUUUGUCUCCCGCUCGGGUGAGUGCCAUUCUUAUGGCUAUGAAAGGGGUGAAGUUAGGCCAGUCACUCACUGUAAAACAGUUCCAGAAACUGCUGGGUCUGAUGGCAGCUGCGUCCAACGUGAUACCUUUUGGCCUUCUGCACAUGAGGCCCCUACAGUGGUGGCUCAGGACCAGGGGGUUCUCCCCGAGGGGAAAUCCCUUUCGCAUGAUCAAAGUCUCAAAACGAUGUCUUCGUUCUCUGACCAUGUGGAAAGACCCCCGGUUCCUGUCCCAGGGACCCGUGUUGGGGGCCCCUACUCGUCGAGUAAUGCUUACGACGGACGCCUCCCUCACGGGCUGGGGAGCGAUCAUGAGUGGUCGCUCAGCUCAGGGUCUUUGGGAAGACCAUCAGCUCUCUUGGCACAUAAAUCGGCUAGAGAUGAUGGCAGUGUUCCUAGCUCUGAAACACUUUCUCCCAGACCUGAGAGGUUACCAUGUGUUGGUUCGUACGGACAACACUGCAGUGGUUGCAUAUAUAAACCAUCAGGGGGGUCUGCGGUCUCGCCGACUAUAUUACUUGGCCCGUCAGAUCCUCCUGUGGUCCCAAGGGAAGCUGCUCUCGCUGAGGGCAGCUUACAUCCCGGGACAUCAAAAUGUGGGAGCAGAUGCCCUGUCGAGGCAGGGGCCAAGGCCCGGGGAGUGGAGACUCCACCCAGAAGUGGUGAGUCUCCUAUGGAAAAAUUUCGGUCGAGCGGAAGUCGACCUGUUUGCCUCGGGAGAGUCAACCCAGUGUCCGCUCUGGUACUCCCUAACACAUCCAGCACCUCUGGGUUUGGAUGCUAUGGUACAGACGUGGCCGAGGCUGCGCCUGUACGCAUUUCCCCCGAUCGCCCUGCUCCCGGGAGUUCUGGAAAAAGUACGCCGAGAAGGGGCCAAUCUAAUACUGGUAGCCCCAUUCUGGCCAACCAGGAUAUGGUUCUCAGACCUAGUGUCGUUACUCAACGGCUCCCCAAUGGAGCUUCCUCUCAGACAGGACCUCCUGUCUCAAGCGGGCGGCAUGAUUAUACAUCCCCGCCCAGAACGACUGAAACUAUGGGCCUGGCCUCUGAGGGGGCCAGACUCAUAGAUGCUGGUCUCCCAACCGAGGUUGUGGAGACCAUUCUUAACUCCAGAGCUCCCGCCACGAGGAAGCUGUAUGCCUACAAAUGGAAUUUGUUUUCUACCUGGUGUAGACACAAUAAUACGGACCCUGUCCUUUCUUCUGUUAGCUUUGUGCUAAAAUUCCUCCAGAAAAAAUUCUCGGAGGGCCUAUCUCACUCAACCUUAAAGGUUUAUGUUGCAGCAAUUUCAGCAUAUCAUGCUCCUCUUGAGGGGAAUAUCUCGGUAGGUCGAGACCCCCUCGUCACACGCUUCCUCCGUGGCACACUGAGGUUGAGGCCUCCAGUGCGCACAAGGGUGCCAACCUGGGACUUGGCUGUGGUCUUACAAGGGUUAGCUGAGGCUCCCUUUGAACCAUUAGAGGAGGUUCCUGAGAGGUUCCUCACUCUGAAAACGAUUCUUUUAUUAGCUAUCACUUCUCUGAAGCGGAUAGGAGAUUUACAAGCACUUUCUGUUGCUCCCUCUUUCCUUGAAUUUGCUCCAGGAAUGGUGAAAGCAUUCCUGUAUCCUAAACCGGGGUAUGUCCCAAAGGUCCCUACCAAUGUCCCA